AUGACAUUUUCGGCGAUCAAUGUACAAUCCCUCAACGCAUUUGUUGACGACGGCCGGGCAAUAGGCGACAACGCGGAUGUCCUCAUCUACACGGAGACUGCGGCCACUACCUUCGUACAGCAGAAAAUGACCAAGGCAGCUAGAAAAGCGGGGAAACAUGUAUGUCUCAGCCACCCUGUGGACAAGAGGACCUUCAAGGACCACCGGGACUGCAUCACAAAGGGACAAUCACAAGGUGCAGCAAUUGUCUCUUCGGCCCCUUUGCGGAGUUCUUCGACGGAAUGGCCACAAGAUAUCUGGAAGACUGCUAGAGUGGUGGAUACAAUGGUGGUUACAGAGUUUGUUGUGGUCAUGGUCAUUGCAAUAUAUGGAUACCACAGAGGUUUUCCUGACGCUGCCACCAAGAAUGAGGAGCUUUUCCGGGCAGCUGUACACAAAGCAUCUGUGGUCAGAUGCCCUGCCCUUAUGCUGGGUGAUCUCAACUGCGACUUGCAAUCACUGGCUGUAUGGGAUGCAAUGGUGCAAGAAGGAUGGAGUGAUGCAGCUAUGAUACAAAGCCAGAUGGAUGGAAAACCUAUGGCCAAUACCUUUCAAGAAACCUCGAGGCUGGACUACAUCCUCAUGAACAACCUGGCAAGAAUGGCCUUCCAAGGUUUUGGAGUAUCGGAGCAGAACGAAUCUGACCACAGAGCGGUUUAUGCUUCAUUUGCAUGGGACUCCAUCCCCAAGCACAUCUGGACCUACAAGAGCCCUAUGGACACCUCCAAGCUCGACCUCACUGCAAUGGAACUUCAAGAGGCUUAUGUACCUGCAGCUUGUCUUGCGGAACUGGAUCAAGCUAUUCAACACAAGGAUAUUGAAGAGGCCUGGACAAAGUUCUGCAAAGCAUACGAACAAGGAGUCAGUUUUUCUCUGCAAAGGAAGAAUGGUACGAAGCCCGACACCAACUUCUUCGGCCGUGGUACAAUGGUACUCCACAAGCAAACGACGAGCCAAGAACCCUGCCGAAGAGCUCGAAUUGGUGACUUUCAGCCAUCUGGAGAUGAAAAUACGCGGCGGAUACAGCUGACAACCCGCGGAACAAAGCCCUGGCUAUGGACGCUGCUCUACAAACGUGGAGAUCCAUUUGCGCUGCAACAGGGUUUGGCAGAUCCUUUCGUCAAUGGUGGCUCCAAGAACAUUGUGACUGGCAAAUCAGCAGGUGAUAUGGUGUCGGUGGUGCAAGGUCAGCUGGAACAAGCCCUUUUACAGGAACAGCAGCUGAUGGGUUUUUUACUUGUGGCAAAGCAUAUGGGUCGGCGGUACGAUCGACCACGGGAGUACCUGAAGGUGGUGCUUUAUACGUAUGUCGAUGACUGGAUUAUGCUUUCCAGAAACAUGGAGCAGUUGAAAGAUGCCAUGCACACUAUGGAAAAGUUGGCCAACAAGUUUGGACUACUUUUAUCCACGGCAAAGUCUGCAGUUUUUGCCACCAAUAACAAGAUCACGAGGCAACUUCAUGCUAUGAUGAUGUCUUCUGGUAUCAACAUAGGAGUGUGUGUGAAUUUUGCUGGAUUGGGUAUCAGUUUCCAGACGGCAAAGGCAGCUUCUACCACCACCAGAAACUCCAGAUGGGACAAAGCGCGCAAACUUAUGGAAAGGUUGCAAUACAUGCCAUGGACACAGCAACGCAAGACUGAUAUUAUUUCUCGUGCUAUUCUUCCUCUGCUGUUUUAUGGGGUGGAAAACGUGGUCACUGGGAAAGAUUUCCUUCGCGAAGUACGUUCCAAAUGUAACCACACGGUAUGGGGGAAGCAGCAAUACCAUCUUCAUUUCUUGACCCCACUUUUUAGUGGCACAAUCUAUGAACCCUUCCUCUACAUUGCGGACAAAAGAUUCAAGGCCAUGCUACGAGCGGUGUCUUUGGAUUCGGAUAUGGUCAAGACAAACUGGAGACUGUCUUUGGAAAAGAUGGCUUAUUUCAAACGGAAGACAAGGGGGCCUAUGUCAAUCCUACAAAACCAGCUCAACGACAUGGGUUGGGAGAUGGAAGUGGAUGGGAAGUGCAACUCCCCAACAGGACAUUCUUUUUACAUUUGGGACAUCUCGGUACCACAGUUUAAACAAGUUGUCAUGGAAUCCUGGGAAAAAUCCUUGCUGCAACACCUGAAUAUCAAGGUGAAUCUGGAAGACCUUCAAUCUUUCUCGAUUCAACGAACGCGUGCUGAUGCUUACCCUGAUCCUAUGAUACAAGGGUUCAUGCGAAAAGUCAAGCUGGGUGGUCUUUUUCCGAACCACAGACUACACCACGUUACAAAGGGCGAGACCACUUGUUCUUAUUGUGGAGUACGUGACACGUUGGAACAUAGGGUUUUCAGCUGUCCGGCUACUGAAGAAGUUCGUGCUACAGACAAAUGGGAUCUCUUGAAGGACCAGCCGAAACAUUUGCUCUUGGGAGGGUUGUCUCCUCAGCUCCCCCUCAUGGAACAAUAUUCCCAGAUGCUACAAACAGUCCCGGAGCCACAGACUCUCCCUCUUAUGGAUGACGAUGAUGUGGCGGAGUUUUUCACGGAUGGGUCAGCCAUUGAUUCCUCUAAUGCAAUUACAAGGUUGUGUUCUUGGUCGGUCACACAGGCCAAAUACAUGGACAGACAGAACAAAUUGAUAUCGUCUGGAAUCUUGCCAGGGAAACUUCAGACGGUCUUCAGAGCAGAGCUUUUUGCAGUGAUUGUGGUCUUGGCGCUACAGAAGAAGUCCAAGAUAUACUGUGACAAUGCAGCUGUUGUUAGAGACAUACAACACUUGCAGCAAUACGGUUAUCAAGACUUGAAGUGGUCUACACAUGCGGACAAGGACCUCAUGAAGACA